AAAACAGAAGCCGAAAUCAAGAUCUGGACUGGCUUUUCCUCGCGUUAAUUCAGUAAAUGGUACCACUUUUACAUAGUGCAAAAAUCACGUUUCUGGGCACCGCUUCACUCUCCAUUUUUUUAUCGUUAGCUACCACCAAGCUUAAUCUAUGACUUCCACAUGGUCAUCUUCUGCAAUCUGCAUGGGCACCAAAUGUCAAACCAAGUCCCCAAAACCUCUCGUCCAUCCCUACGAUUUUUUGUUUGAAAAUUCACGACCGACUGACCCGAACAAUAGAAUUAUAGAACACUACAAAUAAAAGAAAUUUGGGUUUCGGCUUUCGAGAUUUUUUAAACAGUGUCCAGAAGUACAACUUAUAAAACCGGAAAUGACCUUCCAUACUCGAUCGGCACCAGAUCGAACCGGGCAUAAAUUAUUUCAAAUAUAAAAAAUUAAUAAAAUUAAGGGCGUUCUAGAAAGUCAUCUCGUUAGGGCAUCCAUAGAAACUCGCAAGAAAGAUCGUGCUGCAUGACACCACUUGAAGCGUUAUUAUUGUAUGAAAUUAGAAAUCUUGAAAUUUCUUCUCUACAGAGCUCACGCCUUGGAAAUUUUGGGUCUAAAAUUGGUAGGGGCCGCGCGAACGCAGGCCCCCGCUACCACAAAUUAUGACGUAGGCUCUCCCACUUGGGGAGACCUUAGGCGAGCACCCCUCCUGUGUGCAAUGGAGGUCACUAGCCUAGGCCAUGGGCCUUCUUGAUCACCCAUCGACCCCGUCCAGUUUUACAGAAAAAAAAAAUAUGGAAGAGAAGUGCGGGAUCAAGAAAGAUGUUACUGAAUUGAUAGGCAAUACUCCAAUGGUAUAUCUCAAUCGUAUUGUGGAUGGCUGUGUAGCACGUAUUGCUGCCAAGCUUGAGAUGAUGGAGCCCUGCUCUAGUGUUAAAGACAGGAUUGCAUAUAGUAUGAUUAAAGAUGCAGAGGAUAAGGGUCUAAUUACAAAAGGGAAGACCAUCCUCAUUGAGCCUACCAGUGGUAACACUGGCAUUGGGUUGGCAUUCAUUGCAGCGAUCAAGGGUUACAAACUUAUCCUUACCAUGCCAGCUUCAAUGAGUAUUGAGAGAAGAAUUGUGCCCCUAGCUUUUGGAUCUGAGUUGUAUAUAACAGAUCCUGUUAAGGGACUCAGCGGGAAUCUGGGGAAGGCUAUUGAGCUACUUGGUGAAAUACCCAAUAGUUAUAUGCUUCAGCAAUUUGAAAAUGCUGCCAACCCAAAGAUCCAUUACGAAACUACUGGCCCAGAGAUAUGGAGAAAUUCAGGAGGCAAAGUUGACGCCCUGGUUGCAGGGAUAGGGACUGGUGGAACGGCAACUGGUGCAGGAAACUUUCUCAAGGAGAAAAACCCAAAGAUCAAGGUAUAUGGGGUUGAACCAGUUGAAAGUGCUGUGUUGAGUGGAGGACAGCCUGGCAUGCAUUUGAUCCAAGGAAUCGGUGCUGGUAUUAUCCCUACUGUUCUGGAUGUCAAUGUGCUUGAUGAAGUUAUUCAAGUAUCAAGUGAGGAAGCUAUUGAAACUGCUAAGCAGCUUGCGUUGAAAGAAGGCUUGCUGGUGGGGAUUUCAUCUGGUGCGGCGGCAGCUGCUGCAAUAAAGUUGGCAAAGAGGCCAGAAAAUGCUGGAAAGCUCAUUGUUGUAGGUGGUUUUUCCUAGCUGCGGUGAGCGUUAUCUGUCUUCCCCGCUAUUUGACUCCAUCAGGCGUGAGGUAGAAAACAUGACUUAUGACUGAGAUGUUACCGAUACCAUAUCCACUAGGUGGUAUAAGUUAUAAAUGGAUAAAUCUAGCGUAAGUCUUUUGUAAAAAUAUGGAUCUAGUAAAUAGAAUUUUUUUUUUUUUUUUCACUUUU